GCUACAUGGCUUUCGUGUCUCUUGAAGCCAGAAGCUCGAAGCGUGCGGUGCGUCUGAACGUUCACGGUAUUAUCAUCUUUAUUGGCUUGCGGCGGUCUCUGGGCCAUAAGCUAUGCGCGGAGCACAUGGAAAACGGUAACCAGCCACUCGUCAGUUGUUGCCGGGCGCGGUUGGGCUUAUUCUGUGAAAGUAUGCAUAAAAAAAGGAACAUAGGACCGACGUUAUAAAAAAGGAUAAACAAUUUAUUUUUUAAACACGGGACAAAUAUUAUUUCAACAAUGGAUAUCACUACUUUCGCUUUGUUUUGGAUUAUUCUCUUGAUUCAUGGGGCAGCAGUGUGUGGUUUUCCAACAGAAAUUCCAAUAGGUGCUAUAUUUGACGACAGUCCGGACUCCAAGGAAGUUCUCACAGCCUUCAAGUAUGCCAUCAUGAAACAUAACGAUGACGCUUCCUACCGGUUCCGACCCCUCAUCAAGAUGAUAAAGGCAUCAGAUAGUCUCCAGCUUAGCAGAGCCAUCUGCGACAUCAUGGCAGACGGUGUCUUCCUGGUUCUCGGCCCCAGCAGAAUCAAGUCGCUCAAUGUUGUCCAGUCAUACAGCAUGAACUUCAGAAUGCCCUACGUGACUUCAGGAACGGCUACCAAAAUCAACCCACACCGCCAGAGGUUCAUUCUUCACAUGCGGCCUCAAUUCACCCAAGCUCUCGUGGAUCUCAUUGUUUUCUACAGGUGGAAGUCCAUACACUAUCUCUACGACACUAACGAAGGUUUGAUGCGCAUAGAGGAGCUGGUUCAUCUUCUACACGAACAUGACGGUGGCGACACCCAUAUUGACAUCGACGUGCGGCAAGUAGCGGACCCCUAUGACGCCUACAACCUCCUCCGCCAAAUGGACAAUAUGGAACGGCCUCAAGAGGAGAAGAACAUCAUACUGGACUUCGCCACGGAGAAUGCUACACAGUCCAUCCUCAGGCAGAUUCGUCAGAUGGGUAUGAACAGAGCCAAGUACCACUACCUAGUUGCUGGACUGAAUAUAAAAGCCUUUGACUUUGAAGGCUUUAUGUACAGUGGCGUGAACAUGACGGGGUUCCAGCUGUUGGACUUGGAUGAUCUUAACCUGAAGAUCUUCCUCAGCGAUUGGAAAAACCUCGACACGGACCAUUGGCCGGGGGCCGGGAAGGAAACUAUCAGCUACGAAGCUGCGCUCACCUACGAUGCCGUCCAUGUGAUUGGUGGAGCUUUAGAUGACAUGCGUGGUGAGAACCGGGAGGUGUUCCGGUAUACGUUCCGCCACAAGCAAGUCUACAACAACGGCAGCCGCGGUAUACAGUGCUCAAGUGAUCCGGUGGUGCCGUGGAAACAUGGGGAAGGGAUCACGAAUGCCUUGCAAAGGGUCCGCUAUAAUGGUCUGACUGGCAACGUAGCCUUUGAUUCAAAAGGCCAUCGAAAAGAGUACCAGCUUGAUGUAUGGUCAAUUCAGCAGCGUCUGGGCAUGGUCAAGGUUGGAAACUGGUCGAAGCCUGAUGGCCUCGUGGUCACUGGCAUUGAACUGUUUGAGAACACGACAGAUGACUCCGAAAACAAAACUAAACGGAUCACAAGCAUUUUGGUCGAUCCAUUCCUUUACCAAAAGACAGACUCGGAAGACGGCAUACCCCUCGUAGGCAACGAUCGCUUCGAGGGCUAUUGUAAGGACCUUGCCCAGCUUAUAUCUGAAAUGGCCAAGUUUUCCUACCAAAUACAGAUUGUCAAGGAUCGGAAAUAUGGAGCAUUGGAGAAUGGUUCCUGGACGGGGAUGAUAGGCGAGUUAACUAGACAGGAGGCAGAUAUAGUGAUAGCACCGUUAACGAUAACAUCCAAACGAGAGCGAGUGGUGGAUUUUAGUAAACCCUUCAUGAACCUCGGCAUCAGUAUCAUGAUCAAGAAGCCGGACAAGCAAAAACCAGGUGUCUUCUCUUUCCUGGCUCCCCUAGCACCGAGGGUAUGGUUCUGUAUCCUCCUGGCCGCCGUUGUCGUGAGUUUGUUCCUUUUCUUUGUCAGCCGUGUCAGUCCCACUGAAUGGAUCGUGGAAAAAGCACUCUAUUCCGAGACCUUGCUCAAUGAGUUUGGAUUUGGAAAUAGCCUCUGGUAUGCGCUGGGGGCUUUUAUGCAGCAAGGAGGCGAUGCUGCACCUAGGUCAAUGUCAGGCCGUGUGGUGGCCAGCGUGUGGUCUCUCUUCUGUCUCAUCCUCAUAUCAUCCUACACGGCCAAUCUUGCCGCCUUCCUCACUAUAGAACGAAUGCUCACACCUAUCAACUCUGUAGAAGACUUAGCUGGUCAAAAUGAGAUUAAAUAUGGAACCAUAGAUUCCGGCUCAACUAAAUCAUUUUUCGAGUCAUCUAAGAUUAGCGUAUAUAAAGGCAUGGGCCAACGGAUGUUGGAGGACCCGUCAGUCUUCGUCAAGUCGAAAAGAGAGGGUGUGGAACGAGUGAGAAGUUCCAAGGGAAAAUAUGCAUUUCUGACGGAGUCCACCAUGAAUGAGUUCACGAAUCAGAGAAAGCCAUGCAACACCAUGAAAGUUGGGGAUAAUUUAGAUUCCAAAGGAUAUGGGGUUGCAACGCCCUUAAAUUCGGAUAUAAGAUCUGAUGUUAAUCUAGCAGUAUUGAAACUUCGAGAAGAAGAGACACUCACCACUUUACAAAAGAAAUGGUGGUAUGAUAAGAGUGAAUGCGUUCAUGAUAAAAAGGACUCUAAACAGAGCUCGCUCAGCCUCAGUAACUUAGCUGGAGUGUUCUACAUCCUAAUAGGUGGCCUAGGUUUGGCCAUGGCCGUCUCACUGCUGGAAUUUCUCUAUAAAUCCAAGAAAGAAGCUAGGAAGAAGAAGACAACGCUCAGCCAAGCUAUCCGAUCCAAAGCGGGCUUCAGGAUACGUGGAGAAGUGGAAGAGAACGGUCACCAUGCACAACAUUCGCCCCCACCGCCAAUGGCGGUGGAUCGUAACAACCACAGGGAUUGUGUAGAUAGAUAUACUGGGAAAUAUGAAGCAACAUAUACAUAUACAGCACCAGCACCUCUUGUGACGUAUGAACCUAACGACACGCACAGUCAGAGUCACACGGAAGUUUGACACUCGUCCGCCCCUCUACCACCAAGUAGAGAACUCCACAUCUAAAAAUACAAAAAUGAUUGCAGCUGCUACCUCUUGAUUUCCUCGU